CCCCGCAGCCGCCGCCAUGGCCGACGAGUUGGACUUCACGACGGGCGACGCCGGCGCCUCGUCCACCUAUCCCAUGCAGUGCUCGGCGCUGCGUAAGAACGGCUUUGUGGUGUUGAAGGGGCGUCCGUGUAAGAUCGUGGAGAUGUCCACCUCCAAGACGGGAAAGCACGGCCACGCCAAGGUCCACCUGGUUGGUAUUGAUAUCUUCAAUGGGAAAAAAUACGAAGAUAUUUGCCCAUCAACUCAUAACAUGGAUGUCCCAAAUAUAAAGAGGAAUGAUUAUCAGCUGAUAGGGAUUCAGGAUGGGUAUCUCUCCCUGCUGACAGAAAGUGGUGAAGUUCGUGAGGACCUAAAGCUGCCAGAAGGUGAUCUGGGAAAAGAAAUCGAAGGAAAAUUCAAUGCCAAUGAAGAUGUGCAGAUAUCCGUCAUAAGUGCAAUGAAUGAAGAAUGUGCUGUAGCCAUAAAGCCUUGCAAAUAAAGAGGAUCGCCAGGCACGGGCAACUGCUCAGGUCUGGAUAAACCACAGAUCUUUAAA